CUGCGCUUGUUCUUGAUGUGACGAUUCACGAUACUUUGAAGGAAUACGACUGAGUUCUCUUCAAAUAUUAUUUCAAACAAACUUUGUGAGCAAAAAUGCGUCGAACUUUAACCAAAGGUAUUUCAACUGCCACGGUUCGACAUACCUCCUCUGCAGUACGACCUAGAGUAGCAUUCAAUAUGCCAUCCUCCUCUGAGACCUCCAAAAUUGCUACUCGCAGACUCCAUGCCACAGCUCAACAUCUCAAACCUGCUGCAGCAUUAGCAUUCAAUGCCGACAAUUAUCCUACAACUCACGAGAAAAUUCAAGAUGUGCAGGAUACUCCUUACUUUGUCGACAAUAAAUUCCUCAAAUCCGAAUCUACACAAUUCAUCGAUUUACACGACCCAGCAACAAACAAUCUCGUAACAAGAGUACCACAAAGUACAGAUGCUGAGCUCAAAGCUGCAGUUGACAGUGCGGUGAAAGCAUUCCCAGGGUGGAAAAAUACCAGCAUAAUGGCAAGACAACAAAUUAUGUUCAAAUUCACACAGCUAGUACGGGAAAAUUGGGAUAGAUUGGCUGCCAGUAUCACAUUGGAGCAGGGUAAAACUUUUGCUGACGCAAAGGGAGACGUUCUUCGUGGAUUGCAAGUCGCCGAGACCGCAUGUGCCAUUCCCCAACAAAUGAUGGGUGAGGUCAUAGAGGUAGCAAAAGAUAUGGAGACCAGAAGUUACAGGGAGCCAUUAGGAGUUGUAGCUGCCAUUUGCCCAUUCAACUUUCCUGCAAUGAUUCCAUUAUGGUCUAUUCCAAUUGCGUGUGCAACUGGAAAUUGUCUUAUUGUUAAACCUUCCGAACGAGAUCCUGGUGCGGCAAUGAUUCUUGCUGAACUCGCCCAAAAGGCUGGAUUCCCCGAUGGAGUACUCAAUAUUGUCCAUGGUGCAUCGAAAACAGUUGACUUUAUUAUCGAUGAACCAGCCAUCAAAGCCAUUAGUUUUGUUGGAAGCAACCGUGCUGGAGAAUAUAUUUUUACCCGAGGUUCUGCUAAUGGCAAGCGCGUGCAAGCAAACUUGGGUGCCAAGAACCACUGUGCGGUUUUACCCGACGCAAACAAGCAACAUGCCCUUAAUUCAAUUGUCGGAGCAGCUUUUGGAGCAGCUGGCCAAAGAUGUAUGGCUUUGAGUACCUUAGUCAUGGUUGGAGAAACUAAGGAAUGGUUAUCUGAACUAGCCGAAAGUGCCAAAUCAUUAAAUGUGAAUGGUGGAUUUGAAAAGGGGGCGGAUCUUGGUCCAGUCAUCUCUCCACAAAGCAAGCAAAGAAUCGAAGAUUUGAUUGCAAGCGCAGAAGAGGAAGGUGCAACAAUCUUGUUGGAUGGUAGAGGUUAUAAGCCUGAAAAAUAUCCCAACGGAAACUGGGUUGGCCCUACCAUCAUCACCAACGUCAAACCUCAUAUGAAGUGCUACAUGGAAGAAAUUUUCGGCCCGGUAUUAGUAUGCUUGAAUGUGGACACUCUUAACGAAGCCAUCGAUCUCAUCAACGCCAAUGAGUACGGCAAUGGUGCAGCUAUCUUCACACGAUCUGGAGCCACAGCAACAGCGUUCCAAAAGAACAUCGAGGCAGGACAGCAGGGAAUCAAUGUACCAAUCCCUGUCCCUCUUCCAUUCUUCUCCUUCACUGGAAACAAGAAGAGUGUUGCUGGAGGUGGUGCAAAUACAUUUUAUGGCAAGCCAGGACUACAAUUCUACACGCAGCAAAAGACAGUGACCAGUUUGUGGAGGAGCGAGGAUGCAAUUUCUAAGUCUGCUGAUGUUUCAAUGCCUACACACAGCUAGAUGUUUAUGAUUAUGAAAAUUUAAUGAUUCCCAACCA